AUGAUGCUGGAUGAGGGCACUGCCGGAAUAGUUCGGAACCCUGCCAAAAAGACAAAAAACCGCUAUCUAGAGUUUGAGGUUUACGAUCGGGAGGACACUCUCUGGGGAUUUUAUUACAACCCCAAAAAGUUCAAGGACCCUGCCAUCGUUUCUGAGGACUUCCUCAAAAUAGUCACUCUCCCGGCGUCAGGUUCUUUUACGAAAGUUAACAAGCCGACCCCGGUCGCGAAGGCCGACGAAAGUAUCGAGAUGCCGGUUGAACACCUUCUCGUCACAUUCUUCGACUCGUGUAAAAUUCGUAAUGAUGAUCUAGAUCUUGCCGGGAAGAUCGAGUCCACGAUGCCAUCCCCUUAUUCAGUCAAUCAUUACGAGUAUAUGAAGAGCUUCCUCAAGAAACACAAAGGAAAAUGGGCCAUCUAUCCUAUCGCCAAGAUGGAGAAGCCUGACCCCUCUGACGACCCAUCAUGGCAUGCUUGGGCAGAACAGGCAAUGAUUGCUCUAUACGAUGCCUAUCAUCCAGGCAUGCGAGAUAUGUCUUGGGAGGGCUUCAAUAACCCCGUCACCUGUUUGCCGGGUCAGGUCGCUAGUAUCUUUACAAAAAUCGCUGCGUCAGUGACGAAAUUGGAAGCAUUUUCUUCAUUCGCGAGACCCCGCUUCAAAGCUAGCCCUGGCCCAGAGAGUGGCCUCAAUUGGAACAGUCCAGUCUUGGAGUUGUAUCGUGUCGCAAAUCGCCUUUGGACGGGGCCAGAAAGAAUCCGUCAUGAGGAUGGUCCAUCUUGCUGGCUCUACAACGGAACGCCGUGCAGAGUGGAAGACAACGGUAAUGUCAAGGAUCUCGAUAGACUCGCCGUCACCUUUUGUACACGCCCAAUGCCAGAAGGCGUACGAGGCACGAAGGAAACCAUUCAGCGCCUCCGUCUUCCUUUGAGAAAGAAUGAUGGCGGCGAAUGGAAAGUCAAGGACGGCGACUACGUGAUUCCCGCGGUCGAGAUUGCAAUUUUUUUCACUGCCAGAUCUCUCAAGAUCCACGAGGGACUGAAGGUUUUCACUCCCGAGAAUACUCCCGAGAAAGAAGAAUCGGACCGGCCCAGACUGCUUUCCGGCAAAGAGAAAAGGGAAUUACCUGACGGGAGGAGUGGUUUUGAAACUCGGUGGUAUUCCACGAGCAUAACGACUUGGCAGCAGCCAUUCGUUAUCAAGGAAAAAAGCACUUCUCAAGCUUCAGAGGCUGGUCAAACGGAGAAAGCAGGCGAUGGAAAUGUCAAGUGCAAGGAGCCGCGUCGUUUCGUUUACGACUCAACGGCGGCUCUUAAUCCCGAGGAGGAUAUUUAG